AUGCCUAAUUUGGACGAUGUCGCAGCAUUAAGGAUAGUUUCUGGCAGAAAAUCCUACUCUAACAAGGUGAUCUUGGACGGGGUGGACAUCACGGUGGAGAAAGGAACAAUGUACGGUUAUUCAAGUCCGAAUAUACAACAGUUUGAAAUAACUAAACCACCAUCUAAAAUUUCUAAUCUUUUGGAAUACUCGAAGAACUACUAUUCUCAACUGAAGGCACUCACCGUUCGGAAUUUGACUAUCUAUUUGAGAUAUCCUUUGUUACCAUCGAGCCAGAUUAUCUGCGUCUUGGUGAAUAUCUACUUUGCUUUGCAUAUGGCUGGGUAUGAUCCUGUUGGGCUCAGCUUGGGGACAAUAACAGAUCAUUCUUGCGACACAAGGGCCAACCAAACUCCGACUGCUAGAAUGAACGAAGAUUUGUAUGCCUGUAAAUUUCUGAACAUUUUAGAAAAGUCUCAGAUUAAUUUGGUGCCCAUGCAGACUGUACUCGACGCGGUACAAGCCGUUAAAUCGGGGAGUAUCUCCGGCUAUUUAAAAUUCCCUGUAAAUUUUACGGAAAUCAUGUUGAAACGGUUUGUCUGGAAUAUUAAUGCCGAUGAGGAAAUCAUAAAUGGAUCAUAUAUUUCGAUCCGAUUAGACAAUUCAGAAUACAUGACCUCCUACUUUGUUACGAAGUCAUUGUAUGAAUCCAUGCAAAAGUUGAUGACAGAAAUUGUGACAGAGUAUGGAAUUGAUGAACGCACCGUCACACUACCCUUUUCGUUUAACGCCGUUUAUGGAAACAUGUCCGACACGUGGAACACAUUUCUUGUACCAAUGUUACUACUAUUCAUGUGGACCAUCUUGUCAGUAACGAUGGGAUUCUUUCACGUUACGGACACCUGUGAUGGCACAUUAGCCCGAACGAUGGCAACAGGAGUCGACUUUCACAAAGUUCUCCUUUCCUAUUACAUUGCCGACAUUCCGUUAACCAUAAUUCAGGCGGGAUUGUUCGUCUCGGCCGUCUGGUGGGAUCGGGGCGACCAAAUCCAAGGAAGAUUGGCAUUAAUCGGACUCGUCUUCUAUCUCGUUCGGAUUGUGUAUAUCGCGUUUUAUCUUAUGCUUGCGUCCAUGAAAAUCUCAACGAAGGAUACGAUUAUGGUGGCAAUUGCUGCGCUGCAGAUUUUCCUAUAUGCUACAGGUGUUUACUUGUGUCUCGAAGCGAGACAGAAUUUGAGCUGA